GGCGGGUCUGCGGGCCGGGCGGGCCCCAUGGGCGGGUGUGUGGGCUCCCACCACGACUCCUCGGGCAGCCUCAACGAGAACUCGGACGGCACUGGAGUUGCUCUUGGUCGGAACCAGCCCUUGAAAAAGGAGAAGCCGAAAUGGAAGAGCGAUUACCCCAUGACAGACGGCCAGCUGCGCAGUAAGAGGGAUGAGUUCUGGGACACCGCGCCGGCUUUCGAAGGCCGCAAGGAGAUUUGGGACGCCCUCAAGGCUGCUGCUCACGCGUUCGAGAGCAACGAUCACGAACUGGCACAAGCAAUCGUUGAUGGUGCAAACAUAACACUGCCACAUGGUGCUCUUACGGAGUGUUACGAUGAACUGGGCAACCGCUACCAGCUUCCAGUCUACUGCCUUGCCCCACCUAUCAACAUGAUAGAGGAGAAGGGCGACCUGGAGACUCUGGAUAUUCCUGAUCCCCCCCCCAAUUCAGGGCACGAAUGCCAGCUUCGCUUGCGCCUGUCCACAGGCAAAGACCUCAAACUCAUGGUCCGCAGCAUGGACACAGUCUACCACAUGAAGAGGAGGCUGCACGCGGUGGAGGGAGUGGAGCCAGGCAGCCAGCGCUGGUUCUUCUCGGGCAGGCCCCUGGCAGACAAAAUGAAACUGGAAGAGCUGAAAAUCCCAAAGGACUACGUGGUGCAAGUCAUCGUGAGCCAGCCCUUAGCCAAUCCCACCCCAGUGGAAAACUGAUUUCUGCUUGCUCAUUGAUUCUUUCCUCCGUCUCUGUCGUGGGGUUUGUUUUCACUGCCCUCUCUUCUUUUGGUUUGUCCUGCUAAUGGAUUGGCUCCAAGAAAUGACCAGCAAAAAUUCCAUCUGUGAUGGAGAUCUGCAAAAACAAAACAUAAAAAUGUAAACUGGCCUUCAGGGUUUGCCUGAUCUUGUAUUUAACACAACUGCAAGCAGCACAGGGCAAGGGCAAAGGAAGGAGUGGGAAGAGACAAGAGAGAGGAGGUACAAAGAGGGAGGGAAGUGUGGUUCACUCAAACAAUACAAACACAUCGAGAUUCUUACAGCUGUAGGUGGUGUCCUGCUCCACGGAGCCAGAGCAACAGAGAGCACUUUUGUUUAAAAAGAAAAACAGCAAAGAGAACCUAAUCAAUGUCUAAAAGUCAUGUCAGCA